AUGCAGCACUGGACGGUGCGGUUGCCUUGGCUUGACCUUCACUGCGCGUUAGCAGAAGGGCCGUUUUAUGAGAAGGAAACCGGCACAAUACGUUUUGUGGAUAUCAAGAAGAAGCACAUACACACAGUAUCUCUUAGCCAGGGUAUUACUUCACUGAAGACGACGCAGCUCGACAUAUGUCCAACGGUCACUGCUGAUAUCGAGGGAGUCGACCCAAGGGAACGCAUUCUACUUGGCGUCAAGUAUGGGUUGGCAAUUCUUGAUCGGAAAACCGGGACAUAUGAGAUGCUUGCGCCGUUCAACACGCCGAAUAAUGAGCGACUUCGCAGCAACGAUGGAGCAGCCGAUCCGCAUGGGUUCUUUUGGGUUGGCAACAUGACGGACUUUGGCCACGGGGAGUUCCAACCAGAAGGUGCCUUGCUUCGAUUCGGCAAAGACACCAAAGAGAACGUAGUCAAGGACCUCACCAUCCCCAACUCCAUAGGCUGGUCCCCGGACAACAGGGUCAUGUACUACACACACUCGAAGGCUCGCCAAAUCUUUGCCUUUGACUACGAUAUUGUUUCUGGGGCAGUUUCCAACCACCGACUAUUCUACCAACACCCCACAUCCGGAGAGCCGGAUGGUUUCCGCAUUGAUGUGGACGGGAACAUGUGGACCGCGGUAUACGGCGAGGCCAAGGUGCUCAAGAUCAAUCGGGAAGGCGAAGUCGUUGGAGAAAUAUCUUUGCCGACACGCAACAUCACCUGUGUGCAGUUUGCCGGUACCGAGCUGGUUAUUACAUCCGCGGCCGAUGAAGACGGUGAAGAUCAACUCAGCAGGGACUAUGGCGGUGCACUGUUUCGAGUGGACGUCGGCACGACAGGGCUGGAGCAGUUCAAGUUCAAGAUGUAA